AUGGCAAUUGGCUCUAAACUCUGGAAUACUCUGUCUUCCCCUGGAAGGCACCAUAAAGUAGAAUGCUCUGCACCCACUCAAUUCGUUACUAAAAGCAAGACUCAAGACUCAUUUGAAGUUGUUGGCGAAGAAUUACCUCAUAAUAUCAGACUAUAUCAUCCUGAAGAACGCAAGCCCAUGGGUGGUAGAAUCUUUGAUGGCAUUACUCAAUACGCUGGCUCGCGUAUUGCUUUUGUGGUCACCCUAAUCUUGCUCGUAGCUUGGGCUAUCGUAGGUGCUGUGCUUGGUGCCCCUGAGACCUGGCAGAUUGUUAUGCAAGAUGCCUCCUCUAUUCAAUGCUACAUCAGUGAUUCCCUCUUGAUGCGCCAACAGCAAAAUUAUACAUACAAAUUACUGACCAUCAUCUCUCAAUUGCGUUCAAGAGUGGCUACGGUGGAUCGAAUCUUGCGUAAUCCGCAGGCACAUCAAGGUAUAGAUGCUCAGCAAGUAAAUAAGAUGGUCAUUAAGGACGAUGUUGGUGAUGCUGUCAAGAUGCCCAGUGAAAACCUAUUUGAUCGUGUGUGUAAUUUUGCCUCUAUGGCUGUGGGAUCCAUGGCCUCUCUCGCCAUUUACUGGGGUGGUAUUCUUGCGUGGAUUGGUGUUGGACAUUCUCUUGACUUUAGUGAUCUAUGGCAACUCUAUAUCAACACAGGCGUAGCUGUUGAACUUACUUUUACCUCCAUGUUCCUUCAGAAUACUCGCCGUCGUCACAUGGAAUACCUUGAAAAGUGUUUAAAGAGAAUCAUGGAAACUGAUGUCGAAUUGGAGUUGCUUCUUCGUGAGCAAGCUGAUGAUAACGAGCCUAAUCCUAUUGUUUGCAUUGAUCCUCCUCAAGUAUCUCGUGCAAUCAGAGCUAUUGAUUACUAUGGUGAUGUUAUCGGCACUGGUAUUGGUGCAUUCAUCAGCGUUUGCGUCUUUAUUACUUGGAUUGGCGUUGGAAACAUGAUGGAAUACAGUAGCGACUGGUGGUUAAUUAUUGGAACCUAUACCGGCUUGGUGGGCUUCGUGGAUGGCUUUGUUUUGCGUAAUGUGUACUUUCGACAAGACGAAAUGCUGGAUGAACAGUUCAAUAUCCUUGUUGAUAACGACGAGCGCCUCUAUCAGUUCCUAAACAUCCCUCUCCCUACAAAACCCUUGGAAGAAGACCACUCUAUUAUUACAAGAAUCAGUAACUGGAUGGGGCGUGUCUGUGCAAUGCCACUUGCUGUAUUAUUCUCUGUCAUUGUUGUCCUUGCUCUUAUUGCCGUUGCUAGUGCCAUGAAGUGGAAUCAAACUGGUCAGCUCCUCUGUAACACGCCCACCAUGAUUAUCGAAGGCUUUCUCCUGAUUGUAUUGAUCCAGGCGCAUAACAUGUCAAACAUCAAGCGUCGUGUUCAAUUGCACGAUAUCUUGAUUCGUAGACUCCAAUUGCUACAAUAUGCCAAAAUGAAUAAGAACGCGUACCAUGUCAAUGAAAAGCAUGUACAAGAAAAGCAUGUACAAGAAAAACAUGUACAUGAAGCCGCUCAUGAAAAGAAAAACUAG